UUAUGCCUGUGAGAGACUGAGAUUUAGAACUCUCAUUCGUGCAGCAGAGAUGCAAAGAGAUUGGGCACACUGCUUUAAGCAGGACGAAUCAGCAGUAGACGGAAAAGCUGACUAGCUAAUGCCUCAUUUGCUUAUGCUGAUAUACCAGUGUGAAACAAGAGAAAAGAGGAGCAGCAUUCAAUGAGCGCCGUGUGUUCCCAGCUCAGAUCAUCAGCAGGCUUCUCGUUUGCAGUCCACUUGAACUGUAUGCACUGUGUGCAUGGGAGCUACAGCACCAUAUGGCGUGUUACUAUAUUGUCAUCAGCUCCACACACCUUAGCAAUGGCCAUUUCAGAAACAUCAAGGGAGUUUUCCGGGGCCCACUCUGCAAGAAUGGAAGCAAGACACUGGAUUACACUGAAAAGGAAAAAGCAAUAACAAAAGCAUUGGAAGAUCUGAAGGCCAACUUCUACUGUGAAUUGUGUGACAAACAAUAUUACAAACAUCAGGAGUUCGAUAACCACAUAAACUCUUACGACCAUGCUCACAAGCAGAGACUGAAAGAACUGAAGCAGAGGGAGUUUGCCCGGAACGUCGCUUCCAAGUCAAGAAAAGACGAAAAGAAACAGGAAAAAGCGCUCAAGCGUUUACAUGAGUUAGCAGAGCUCAGGAAGCAAGUGGGCUGUGCCCCAGGGAGUGGUCCAAUGUUCAAGUCCACGACCGUUGCUGUUAAGAAUCCCCCAGGGAAAAAUCAUCAGUGUGCCGGCCUGGACACUGAAGGAGCAGACAGUAAAUUGUCAGAUCCCGAAUGUGGGAUGGCUGGCAGCACAACAGAGACCAGCAGAGGAAAGAACAAAUUGUCUGCAAGCAGUGCAGCUGAAAUGUGGAAGGCUGAACAUUGUAAUCUGGGGAAGCAAAUCCGUGGACAGAAAAUAGGAUUCUCCUUUUCCUUUCCCAAGAAAGUCCCUGUUAAACUGGAAUCAUCGGCAGCAGUUUUUUGUGAGAACAGCGAAGAAGGAGCGAGUAAAAAGAAUACAAUCCACAAACACAAAAUCAACAAUAAAACUUUUAACACUCAAACAGGUUCUGGACCAGAGACAGUUGUUGAUCUGGAAAGCAGCAAGCACCAGCAACAAAACAAUAGCUGCAGUACCGCAGAGACCUCGUUUAAAGAGGUACCACAAGAUUUGGUAAUAACAGACUUUGACAAUGGUGUAGCAGAGACCAAUGAUUCUUCUUGUGCACCUCAAGUUCAAUGGAAGAACAAGCCAAAGCUUCCCUUGUUUGUGUCUGUGUCAUCAACAGACCAGGACACACCGCAGAUAGAAGAAAAAACCACAGAAAAUGCUGAGUCAAAGGAUUUCAUUCUUAAUGAGGACAAAAAUGAAGAUAUGACUGUGAGCAGCCAAGAGACAAAUUCACUCAUGGAAGGUGAAACAAGCACACCAUCUGAGGAACUAAGCCAGGCGGUUAAUGGCAUUGAGGAGUCCCUCCAUAGUUUGCGUGAGGAUUGUUGUUCUGAAAAUGUAGUGACAGAGACUGCAGGCAUGCAGAAUAAUCCUUGCUUGUGUAGAAGACCAGGUGCUCCUUUCUUUCCUGUGCUCAGUAAAGAUGACUCAACUGUCCUUCAGUGGCCUUCAGAGAUGUUACACUUUACCAACACACAACCUUCUAUAACGUUUUGUUGCAAUCCCCUAUAUUUCGACUUUAGGUCAUCCAAAUCUAAAGGCUGUGCAGAAGAGAUCAAGUCCAAAGUAGACGAUUUAGAUGCACCCCAGAGUUCACUAAAAGAAAAAGGUAAAUCUAAUGUCAGUGCCAAAGGGGAUUUUCUCAACAGGUCUUCUGAUAUGAAACUAGACAGCCCCAGUUUGUACACACAAGGUGUUAUCUGUAGUGAUGAGAGAUAUCAUGCUGUUCAAGAUAGUGAUCUUGAUGUUUGUAAUGAACAAGUGGUUGGAUUAAAGCAUCACUACGAUGGGACUGAGCGAGAGGCAUCCAUUAGAGAAAUUAUAUCUUAUUGCAAACCUAAAAAGUUAAAGAAGCACAGAAGGUCUUCCAGGCAUUUAAGACAUAAGCGAAGGAAGCAAAGGAUUGCAGAAGAACGUUUUAAGAACUGUAAAGGAGAGAGCAAGCCAAUUCACUUAUGUAAAAAGUUGAAAAGGAGGAAAGUAACAGUGGAGUGGAAAAGUAGAAACACAAGUGAAGUCGGCGAAGGCUCCAGUAGUUCAGGAACAAUGGAAUUGUCUGAUGAAGAACGUGUUACGGACAGUGCCGAAUGCAGACCUGGGCAGGGGAAGAUGAGAACAGAAGAUUCAGAAGGAAGCUCUGAUCACCUUGAAGUUAAAUUUGAUCAAAACAAUGAAACCUCGGAGAAGUUGGGUGGAUUCUGGAAAAAUAUUGAUAGUGACAGUCCAAAGAGAAAUUCUUUGAAAAAUAAGUAUGACGACAGAGUAUGCAAUACAAAUAAUGAAGCAGAAGGAAAAAGUAGUGAGAACAAUGGGGAACUUGACAAUUUUCUUACAGUUAAUGAGACAAUCAGGUGCAGACAACAGAAGCUGGCCAGGAAUUCUGAAGGAGACUCAUCACCUAACGCAUCUUUGUAUAAAAGAAAGCAAGGUAAAAGUGGCAAUGGCUACAAUUCUUUUUCAGACGUGGAAUAUUCUGAUCAACCAACUGAUGAAAGACAUUCUUGCCAGAACCAUUCAAAGAAGAGAGGCUAUGCAUCUCUGGAUGGUGAGGCAGUCAUAAUCUAUCACAAGCGCUGUAGGCAUAGAUAUUUUUCAUCACCACAUAAAGAUAAUAAACAAAUUGUUAACUCGCCACAUAGGAGUUGGAGCCAAGUGAGUAGUUCCAGUGCAGAUUUUAACCACAAAAGUAGAAAGGAAUCUCACCAACAAAAGCAACAAUGUCAAGCUAGGCACAGCUUAAACAGCAAAACAUUGGAGAGAGAAGGGUGUUUAUCACCAGGUGGGUUGCAUCCUUGCUCCACUUCAUUUCAAGAGAAUACCUGCGAAGUAUCACUUCCAGGGAAAGAUAAAAAUAUGAUAAACGCCUCUCCUAUCACCACAGGGGAAGACUACAGUUCAGUGGCCAAACCACCAACAGGAUCAUUUGUGGAAGAUUACCAUUCAAAGACAAACAAUCAUCUUCUGGACAGGCCAGUGUCCAAAAUGACGACAUGUGAUGGGCAUAAACUUGAUGAACAUAUGAAAAAUAGUUUUUCUGAAAUGUGGGUUAAUCACAAAGACCCUUCAGGGGAUAUUUUAUUUCCUAGGCUUUCAUUUGUCUUAGAUGAUGGUACUGUCUUGCCUCACAGUGAACAAGCACAUAAUCAGGGUCUGUUACAGAAAGAUGUAAUUCCUCAGAAGCAGACAGACUCAUGUGGGGAUAACAUUAAAGAUAUCAAGGCAUCCCUAAAUGAAGUCUUUCUCUGCCAUUGUGAAACUGCACCUGAGGUACACACAGGAAGAACAUGGCUUCAAGAUAACUCAGACAUUCCACACUAUAGUCCCCAGCAAUCCCUGCAGAAUGACGCAACAGUAUUUAUUGGCAAACAACCUCAAAAGUCAGAGCAAAUGUCCAAACCUUUCUCCCCACUUUCUCAAACAAUAUCCUUUGCACCAGAAGAAAUUGAGAAAUACAGGCAACUGCAGAUUCAAGCUCAGCAGCACAUUGAGCAACAGAAGCUGGACAGCAGGGUGAAGACACCUUCCCCUGCUACAGCAGCCCCCAUGCAGCAGCCUGCCUCUCGCCAGCAGUCAGUGACAACUGCAUCGAUUACAACCAUUCACCGCACUGUGCUCCAGCAUCACCCAGCUACUGCUGCUGCCAUGGCUGCAGGAUCAUUCAUACAGCCUCAUCUGCAGUCCAUUCCACAUGCUCACCCUCUCCCACCGCACGUAGCUCAUAUUUCAUUAGCCCCUGCCCUUUAUCCAGGAGGUCCCCCAGCUUUUCUAGCAGCUCCACAACUUCACAUCAUCCCUGCCUGUGCCCUCCAUCCAGAUCACUUUGCCCUCCACCCAUUGCCAGCAGCUACCUUGUUCCCCCCAUUACUCACGCUCCACACACCUGCCAUUCCUCUCCAUCAUUUCCUCAAUUCCAGUUUUACCACCCAAGAUUUUCUGCAUCUAACAGGAGCACCCACGUAAACUAUGUGAUUAAAUAAAUGUUUUCCUAAAUAGCCUGGAAUCCAGGUCUGGAUUUUCAUUAAGACUGUAAAUAAUGAUGGCAUUACCAAUUUUGGGUGUGUUUCCAAUAUUUUUUACAAAGUGGUAGAGGAAAUAUAAAUGAUACCUUGUAUGUAAUGUCAUACUAAUCUCUUUCUUGCAUCUUAUUAUUAGAAUUGUAAUGUUUCCAUUUUGCUGCAAAACUUGCUAUAAAACUUGAAGUCUACAGAGUAUUAAUGUUGAUGUUCUGCUGGUAGUGUUUACAGUAAUGUAAAUAAAUAUCCAUAAAUUUAUUCAGAACGUACACACAAACAUUUUCAAAGAUUAAGAUAAGAAUUUACUUCUCCUUUUCCAUGACUAUUUGUUGUAUGCUUUUUUUUAUAAAGUGAAUGCUGUGUAUAUUCACGCAUCUUACCACUGCACUGAAUUUUGUAAUGCUACAUAUAACUACAAGAUCAUAGAGCUCUUUAAAUUGGUGGGUCCACACACGUGCACACAUGCAUUUAUGCAAUCAAUGAUAAUAUGAAUUUUGAUAGUUACAUUUGACUUCAAUAUUAUUUUGACAUCUUGUAACUUACUAUGAUUUCUUCUCUUCACAACCAUAAUGAUGUCAUAGAAUACAAGAUGCAAACUUCUGUUUUGUAACCAAUAGCAACUUUUUGACAAUGUGAUUUGUUCACAGCACAGUAUCACGUUAUUCUUGGUAGUAUGUAAUUCCUUGGAAGACUUAAUUGAAUAUAUUAUUAUUGAAUAAAAGCCGAGUCAUUAAAAUAAGUUACUGCACAUGGUAAGUAUCUCCCUAAAGACUAAAUUUCUAGAGGAGCAAUGUAGAACAAUGAUAUUUAAGUGCUUGUGAAAAGGUAUUUCUCUGUAAAUAUAGAAGUAAUUUCAGAGACACCCUGUUCAAUGUGGAAGCAAGGCAUCUGUAUUAGAAAGUUAAUAACUCAUCAUUAACAGUCAUCAAUUAAUCAGUUCUGCUUUACACAUCGUAAAUAGGGGAAAGUACAUAAGAUGAAAUUGUUUUGGCAGUGUAGUUAGAGGCUGUUUUUCUGAGGUACGCAGUUAAAUACUGCAUUGCACCUUAUUUAUGACAUAUGAGGCUUAAUACUGUCAAUGGCCAGGAAGCAGAGGAAGGUUCUUCCCUGCAGUAUCACUAUAAUGCUUUCCAAUGAGCACAUUAACAUGAGAACAUUGUUUCUUAGGUGAUAGCAUUACUGACAGUGAAGAUAAAUUUUGUAUAUCAAAAACGUGCAGUUUAGGAUUGAGUCCAACGUCUGCAAUGAAUGAGGAAAUAAUAAUCUGGCCAUUAUCCUGUCGCGUGAUAUGAACGAUACAGUUGGGGAGAUAGUAAAGUUCACUGUUGCAUAUAAAUGAGGUCAGAGGCCAACAGAAUUUUACUGUUUCUAUUUAGUAUAAGACAAAUAAUCUUCAGUGCUGUGAUAAGUGCAGCUUUAUGCUUUCCAACGCCAGCAGGGUUGUCAUAAAUUGUAAUUAAGAUCAUUAGUACCAAAAUGAUUGGGCUUGUUUUACACUCAGUGGUGUUGAUGGACAAAAACCCCUAGCUGCUCAGAAUUAUAUCCGAUACCUUUGCCUGCAUCAUCAACUGCUUGUGUGGCACAAUUUGCUUGAGAUCGAUAAUCAAAAACUUUUUGGAUAUCCUCACAGCAGAUGAAAUAUCCUCUUCAAACAAUGGCAACAUGGUUCAUCAUUAUCUAAAUCUUUGAGCCAUAAUAUGCUAUGUAAACAGAGGGACAAUAGCAAUACUUCUCCCCAUUUUGGGUGUGAGAAAAAUAACCAUCAGUUCCUAGUCUUCAGAACUAUGUAGACAUGUAAUUAUUUUAUGGGUGCAUAUCAAGCCUGUUGAAUAUCUCAGUGCUGUCUGGUAUAAUUUUUACAACAAUACUAUUUUUAUGACAAUGUUAGAGUUAAGGGUUCACCAUCAACAUUCAAGCAUAAUUAAAUAACCCUGCAGAGUGCUCCAAUGCCAACAUGAGUAGUUAAACUGACUGCAUGCAACUUGAGAGACAAUUUAAAACAAUGCAUGAGACAGAGGCUACAUUUCUACUGCAUUCUCCCUCCAUCCAUCUAAUUAAGUCCAACUGAUUCUCAGCUGCACCAAAGAAAAAUACAGGAGGAACAGCUUGAGUUUUCCACUGCCUUAAAACCCCAUGUGCAGAUGUAACAUAUAUCACUCUGGCUAUGAUCAUUCUGAACCUGCUGGAUCAGAGUAAGGAUAUUGUCUAAGAAGAGGUGUACUAAUGGUUGGCAAUGGAUUGCUGCAAGAAUAGUAACAAGUGCAAAAUAAGACAGUUCUCUAAAAAUUUCAUUGCAAGGAUCUAGAGAUGAAAUUGCAGAAUUAUUUUUAAUGCAGUAAGUCAUUGUCAUCUGGAAUUUACCACCUCAGAGAGUGGAGGAAGCAGAUUCCAGGGUAAUUUUCAAAAGGGAAUUUGCAGGGUUAUUGGGAAAGUGCAAGGGAUAGACUGACUGAACAACACUUUCAAUGAGCCAGCACAGAUCCAAUGGGGCAAAUUGCUUCCAUGCUCCAGUCCUUUUCCAUAAUUCUGAAUUGGAGAGCAAUGCAUCUUUUGGACAUGGCUUUAGAUAUUCUUUUCGUUUCGGUCUCACUAAUUUACUUAAUUAAGAAUUGAUCGGAUAUAUCAUUUCACUACAUGAAGCUCCUUCCUUGCUCAGCUUAUUGUAUAUUGUGAUAUUGUUUGAUGGUACAAGGUAUUGUCUAACUAUUGAUAAAUGGCAUGCCAAUAAAUUUUCACAAUGGCCAAUUUUCAAGUGCCAAUUUUUAAGGGACUUUUCAAGAACACACCUUAUAAUUCAUUUUCUGUUGGCUUACUGAAUUGGAGCAUUAUCCUAACUUGACCAAAUCCAGAAAAUAUUGCGAAUACACUGUAAGUUAAGCAGCAUCAGUGAAGAAAGAACAAACCAAUUAACUUCCAUAAGAGUUAGGCAUGGACAGUGUAUUCGUUCUAAUGAAAAUCUAUUGCUCUGAAGUGUAAAAUCUAAGAUUGAGUGUAACUCAAUUAGAUGACAGGGAAUAACUGGAAAUUGAGAUGAUACUUUCUGGGAGAUAUUAAUCCCCAACUGUGGCCCUGAAAGAAGCAGGAAACAUAACUUUGAUCCUUCUCCAGACCAGGAAAGUAAACUUGUGAAUGAAGCUACUCAGUUACCUUACACAGAUAUGUGCACAAGUUUGAUAUUGGGUAGACAUCCUAUCUGGUCACCCAUCAAUGAAAAGAAUAAAAAUCAGAGGAGUAAAUAAAAAAAUGAGAAUGAUAGAAAUAUUAACCUUAGUUCUCCUCUCAAUCUAAAGCCAUAAUUUCCAUCAACUGACCAAAAUGAAAUUGGCACCUUGAGUAUCACAUUUUGAUUAUGCUGUUAUUCCAUAGUGUGGCCAAUCACCACAAGAGAAAAAUAAUGAAAGGUUGUUGAUAUAAUAUAAUGAAAGGCAUUAAACAUGUCCCCAUAAUAGUCUCACUAAAACCAUAAAUUUUCUCAUCAGUAAUGAUUUGAGCAUUCGGUGUAAAUGUAAUGAUGACUGAUUAACUAUAAAUAUUCAUGAGCUAACAUAUUCUGCCUGCUCUCCCGUGGAAAUCUUUCUUAUCUAGUCAAUCAUUCUCUAUUUUCUCACUCCUUUAUCCAAAAUGUUCUAAAUAUUAGAAAUAUCUGAAGUGAUUAAUAUUCAAACUGUUCCAGACAAUAAAAAUGAAUUCAUAUAUACAGGAUCCUUCCUUUAUUGUAGAAGCCCAUCUGAUACAAAUAAUCCAAAAUAAUGAAUUUGAGAUAAAGCAUGUGUAAAUAAUAGAAAGUAAUUAUCUGUACAUUUUUUUUCUGACCCUGCUUAAUGUUAUUUUCAUACUAAACAGCUUUGUCAACUAACUCGGCGUAUUUCUGCAAAAAUCUCUCCCAUAUCAAGAUUCACUUCUCCUGCACAAUUGAAACUACAUUUAAAGGGAUUCAACUGUAUCCGUAUUAAGUCUUUUUGUACCCAGUAUUGGACAAAACUCUAGGAAGAAACCAAAACAGUUUAGUGAAUCCAGGUUAGUUCUUCAUUACUUAACGAUAAACAAAAAUCAGUUAAUGGAAAUCUUUCACAUACAAAUCAGUCUGAACAAUAGCUGCAAUGCAGCAAAUGAUUGAAAAAUAUAAAAAUUUCCGAGAAAGUUUAUGAGAAGUUUAUGUUGCAGCAAUGCUCAAGGUUUUGACCUUCUUGCAGACAUAUGUAGCAAUCAACAGUCAUGUAAAACAGAUUUUCAUAUUAAAGUAAAGGAUUCAUGUGGACUAAGUUUCUCCAACUUAUUUACAGUUAGUACUGGUUGAUUAUGUAGCACUAUGUAAAAAUGUAAAUUUGAAAAU